GUCGAGAAGCAGUUUAGCUGGUCAUUAGCGGGUUGGGCUAGUCAGUGAGUGGUUACGACUAGCUGAGAAUCAAUCAAUCCCUUUCAGAGGUCACCAGUAAUCCAAGAAUCCAAGAAUCUGAUUCAUUACAUGAUAAGAUCAAGAGCGAAAUGAGACUGGUUUAAUCUAAAGUGGAUGCGAUGGUCAAUCGUGAAGACGACGACGACGGUGAUGAUGUUGAUACUGUCGAUGAUGAUGUUGAUUGCAGGCGGUGGUAUUAUUGACUCAUUAUGCACUGGGGCAAUCACCAGCCUUGACCGAGGAUUACCGAUUAUCAGUGCAGUUCGUCAGUCUCGCCCCAGGUGCUUUCGCCAUUUGGCCACCUGCGUUGGCAGCAUUUUGGGGGAUGUGGGAGUGAAAGGGAGUAGCACUCCGUAUUGUUGAAUUGAUCUGGUUACGAAGAGUACUGCGUAUGGAAUGAAUGAACCGAAUCAAAAAUGAAUU